CCUCGCUUUAUAAAGCUGCGCGGAUCCUCUUCCUUUCAGCACAGGUGCGGAAACAUUCCUGCCAGACCACACUGAAAACCACUACAGAAUCACAGCUACAUACAGUUGAAGAUGGCCUCUACAAAGGAGAAACUCAUCGCUCACGUGAGCAAGGAGGAGCCCACGGGGCCCACUAACAAGGUGACCGUGGUGGGUGUGGGGAUGGUUGGGAUGGCCGCCGCCGUCAGCAUCCUGCUCAAGGGUCUGACUGAUGAGCUCGCCCUAGUGGACGUGAUGGAAGAUAAGCUGAAAGGAGAGGCUAUGGACCUGCAGCAUGGAAGCCUCUUUCUCAAGACGCACAAGAUAGUGGCGGAUAAAGACUACAGCGUGACCGCAAACUCCAAAGUGGUUGUUGUGACCGCUGGAGCACGUCAGCAGGAGGGCGAGAGCCGCCUGAACCUCGUCCAGAGGAACGUCAACAUCUUCAAGUUCAUUAUCCCCAACAUCAUCAAGUACAGCCCCAACUGCAUCCUUCUGGUGGUCUCAAACCCAGUUGACAUCUUGACCUACGUGGCCUGGAAGCUGAGCGGUUUGCCCAGGAACCGUGUGAUCGGCAGCGGCACAAACCUGGACUCUGCUCGUUUCCGUCAGCUGAUGGGAGAGAAGCUGGGCAUUCACCCAUCUAGCUGCCAUGCUUGGGUCAUUGGAGAACAUGGAGACUCCAGCGUUCCUGUGUGGAGCGGAGUCAAUGUGGCUGGAGUGUCCCUCCAGAGUCUUAACCCUGACAUGGGAACAAAUAAAGACAAGGAGGACUGGAAGAGCGUCCACAAGAUGGUGGUUGACAGUGCGUAUGAGGUUAUUAAGCUGAAGGGCUACACUUCCUGGGCUAUUGGCAUGUCUGUAGCUAACCUGUGUGAAAGCAUCUUGAGGAACCUACGCAGGUGUCAUCCAGUUUCAACUUUGGUCAAGGGACUGCAUGGUGUGAAUGAAGAGGUCUUCCUCAGCGUGCCAUGCCUCCUGGGUAACAGUGGCUUAACAGAUAUUGUCCAGAUGACCCUGAAGUCAGACGAGGAGAAACAGCUGGUGAAGAGCGCUGAGACCCUGUGGGGCGUUCAGAAGGAGCUGACCUUGUGAACCGCGGUUUCCUCCAAAAUGUAGCCAGUGUCGCAAAUUACAAA